AUGGGUGUGGAUGUUUCUGGUACAGUUUUGUCAGUCCAACAGUAUCGACUUAAAAAUGAAGUGCUGGUUAAAGUAUCAUCCAGGAUCUCUCGCCAGAAUAAGUCCUAUGAACUGAUUGGGGAGGCAAUUAGGGCAACCUCCACUUAUUGGUUCGCUACUGAUGCAACACGGUUGUUUAUCUCUUCUCUGAUACACAGAGCGCAGGGAAUUCUGGAUCAAGAUAAGUGCUUAGACAACUUUGAUGCUAAUAAUGUCGUCGUGACAAAUAAAGGAGAGGCCAAGUUCCGACAUGUGAAAAUCAUUGAAAAGAUUUAUCAAGCUCGAAGACAAAUGUAUACUUGCAUUGUUAAUGUCAUCAGAGGUUAUUUUGAUGGGUAUCAAAUUCCUGAAGAUAUGCAGGAUUUGAUUAAUUUGAUGAGUACACAACAAAAAGAUCUUCUCUACCAAAUAAGCCCAGCACUCUUACUUCGCCAUCAAAGAUCAGAUCGAUAUACUCGACUCUAUGAGUAUGUCAAAUACAAAGUGGGCACUUUUCAGAAGGAGCUCAUACUCGAGAAGUUGCUUCAAUUGCCAUGGGUGCUCCAAUGGAAGAGCAAGGUGCCGCAGAACAAUGUACUUAAGGAAACUUUUGACUUCAUUCCGGGUAGCUAUGACCUGAAGCGCCCGACGGAUGAGCAUAAUAAUCCAACAACUCCGUGGACUGAACGCGAACAGAAGCUUAAGCUGGUGGAGUUAUUGCUUGAUUUUGUGAGAAAUGGAACUGCACACCGAUCCCAAAGGAAAACCAAAGUCGAUCCAGAUCAGUUUGAAACCAUCAUUAUGGUUUUUUACCUCAUGCUACUUCCCAAGUUGCAAGAAGCUGUUUAUGAUGUGGCAGGAAAGCCUGCUCUUGUAUAUUUGGGAUUGGCCUAG